GGAUUGGCUACCUCUGGACCCAAUAAACUGGGCUUGAGCCCUGCUUCCUGUAAGAGCGAGGUCAGACCACGGAGAAGCCGGAAGAGUGCGCUUGCGCCUGCUUCGCGCGGCAAUUUCGUGGUGCAGUGCAUGGGACAUCGUACACUAUACUCCGUCCCGUCCCUCUGGGCCUCCAUCCCAUGUCCACGCUCUGAGCUGCGCCUGGAUUUGGUUCUGGCUUCCGGACAGUCCUUCCGGUGGAGGGAGCAAAACCCUGCGCACUGGAGUGGUGUGCUGGCGGACCAGGUAUGGACACUGACCCAGACUGAGGAGAAGCUCUACUGCACUGUGUACCGAGGGAAAAAAGGCCAGACUGGGAAGCCCACACCAGAAGAGCUAAAGGCGGUGCACCGGUACUUCCAGCUGGAUGUCAGUCUGGCUCAAUUGUAUAGCCAUUGGAGUUCUGUGGACCCCCACUUCCAAGAGGUGGCUCAGAAAUUCCAAGGUGUUCGACUCCUACAACAGGAUCCCAUCGAGUGCCUUUUCUCCUUCAUCUGUUCCUCCAACAACAACAUUGCCCGCAUCACUGGCAUGGUGGAGCGGCUCUGCCAGGCUUUUGGACCUCGACUCAUGCAGCUCGAUGAUGUCACCUACCAUGGCUUCCCCGGCCUGCAGGCCCUGGCUGGGCCAGAAGUGGAGGCUCAGCUCAGGAAGCUGGGCCUUGGGUACCGUGCCCGCUUUGUGAGUGCCAGUGCCCAAGCCAUCCUUGAACUGGGCGGGCUUCCCUGGCUUCAGCAGCUGCACAAGGCCCCCUACGAAGAGGCCCACAAGGCCCUCUGCACCCUGCCUGGGGUGGGCACCAAGGUGGCUGACUGCAUCUGCUUGAUGGCCCUAAACAAGCCCCAGGCCGUGCCCGUGGAUGUCCACAUGUGGCAGAUCGCCCAACGUGACUACAGCUGGCACCCUACCACAACCCAGGCCAAGGGUCCAAGCCCCCUGGCCAACAAGGAACUGGGAAACUUUUUCCGGAGCCUGUGGGGCCCUUACGCUGGCUGGGCCCAAGCAGUGCUGUUCAGUGCUGACCUGCGCCAACUCUACCAAAAGCCACCAGCAAAGCACAGAAAGAGAUCCGCACCUAAAGACUAGGUGGGGGGCACAGGACAAAGUGAUUCUCCCAAUACCUUUUCUCUUCAUUCCCUGUUAUUCUCCCCAAUC